GGCAACACGUGCAGCCAAGUGGCAAUAAUGUGAUGCAUCCUUCAUCAUAUAAAUUAAUUUUUCAUGCAUCAUACAAAGAGGAAAAAAAAUGGGCGACAAAGAAGAAGAGGGAAAGUCGGCCACGGGUUCCAACUGGGCCGAUUUGACUUACGUGUGCCUGUUAAACAUUCUCUCACGACUCACUCUGUCCCAGCGAUGGACCGGCCCCAUGUUCGUAUGCAAGUCGUGGUUCUCCGCCUGCAAGGACCCGGUUCUCCACUCGGUGUUCGAUCUCGAGACCCAUUUCCAUUCACUCCCCGAGUUGCCUCGCUGGUGGACCCCCGAGUUCGAGAGGCGAAUCGACUCCAUGCUUCGAUCUGUCAUCGAAUGGAGUGAUGGUUCCCUUGUUGAAAUAAAAACCAGACACUGCUCUGAUCGCGCCGUCAGUUUCGCCGCCGAAAGGUGCCCAAACCUUGAGGUUCUUUCUAUUAAGAGCUGUCCCAAUGUAACUGAUGAUUCUGUGACUAGGAUAGCAUUUCGGUGUUCCAAGCUUAGGGAGCUUGACAUUAGCUAUUGCUAUGAAAUAUCUCAUGAAUCUCUGGUAGUCAUCGGGAGAAAUUGCCCGAAUCUUAAAGUUCUCAAGCGAAACCUUAUGAAUGGGUUACAUGCUUCCCAACAUGUGGAAAUUGUCCCCAAUGAGUAUUUAAAUGCUUGUCCUCAAGAUGGAGACAAGGAAGCUUCUGCCAUUGCUAAAUUUAUGCCUAAUCUUGAGCACCUCGAACUUCGGUUCUCCAAUUUAUCAGCUAGAGGCCUUGGCUUAAUUUGUGAAGGGUGUUUGAAUCUUGAGUGUUUGGAUUUAUCUGGGUGCACAAAUUUCACCGGCCGGGAUAUUGUUAAUAUCACAUCCAAUUUGAAGAAUUUGAAGCAGAUUAUAAAGCCAAAUUUCUACAUUCCCAGGUCAGUCUUUCACACAGAGAGGUAUGGUCAUUGGCAGUUGUAUGAUGAGCGAUUCCAAACUGAUAUUUUCCGAAUUUGAUUGGACAUAUCUCCUGGAAAAAAAAGAAAAGAAAACUUCUAGCAUAUACUGUUAGACAGAACUCUUGACAAGAGGGUUCUUAAUUUCUCAAAUAUAUAGUGCAAAUAAUGCAACUCCGGGGUGAGCUGCUAUCGUAUUUGAUUUAUGCAGUAUCAUAUGUUGUGUUACGCUUCUGUACUGAAUUUCAAUUUGAUAUUUGAUUGUAUGCUGUAUUGCAAGAUAUGUAAUUCUCGGAUAUCUUGUGAAAUGUACCUCAUUGUUUAA